CCUUGAUUGACCCUUCUCUCCCCUUUUGGUUGUCUCAAAGAGUGGCGCAAUGGUGAAGUCUGUGGGGAAGAAAUCCAGGGUGAGGCGGCCGUGCUCCAGGAAGCGACCCAAGGAUUCUAGUUAGAUUUCGCGUUCGCGGCGCUCGAUUCCUCUUCUUCUCCUCGAUUUUGGGGGAAAUUUUUCUAGCUAUGGGCACUCCCAGCGGCAUCCAGACCCGCGUGGGGAAGUAUGAGCUGGGGAAAACGGUCGGCGAGGGUACGUUCGCCAAGGUCCGGCGGGCGACGAAUCUGGAGACUGGCGAGCAAGUCGCGAUUAAAAUUCUCGACAAGGAGAAGGUCAUGAGGCACAAAAUGGUCGAACAGCUCAAGCGGGAGAUUUCAACCAUGAAGCUAGUGAAGCAUCCAAAUAUCGUCCAGCUCCAUGAGGUUCUAGCCAGCAAGACUAAAGUUUACAUCGUUCUAGAGUAUGUCACCGGGGGAGAACUCUUUAACAAGAUUGUGAAACAAGUCCGAAUGAAAGAAGAAGAUGCGAGGAGGUAUUUCCAGCAGCUCAUCAAUGCCGUGGACUAUUGUCACAGCCGGGGUGUGUAUCAUCGCGACUUAAAGCCGGAGAAUUUGCUGUUGGAUACGAAUGGAAACUUGAAAAUCUCUGAUUUUGGGUUGAGUGCGCUUCCACAGCACCUUCGGCCCGACGGCCUACUUCAUACUACUUGUGGCACUCCAAACUACGUUGCCCCUGAAGUUAUAAACAACAAGGGGUACGAUGGGGCCACUGCGGACUUGUGGUCGUGUGGUGUUAUUCUUUAUGUACUGAUGGCUGGCUUUUUACCCUUCGACGAGUCCAACUUGAUGAAUUUGUACAAAAAGAUUUUUCGUGCGGAUUUCAAGUACCCAAAGUGGUUCAGCAGUGGAGCAAAAAACUUGAUAUCUAGAAUUCUCCAUCCAAAUCCAAAAUCCCGUAUCAAGAUUCCUGAAAUUCUCGAAAACGAGUGGUUCAAGACGGACUACAAGCCAGCAAAAUUUCUCGAGGAAGAUGCUGCUCAUCUGAAAGAUAUCGAAGACGUUUUCAAUGAGGAGCAUCUCGUCAAAGAAGAGAAGAGAGAGCUGAAAAGGCAGGAGUCAAAGCCAGUGCUAAUGAACGCUUUCGAGCUGCUGUCGAUGUCGUCGGGCCUCGAUCUGUCGGGUCUUUUUGAGAAACAAAAGGAGCCUGUCAAGCGGGAGUCUCGAUUUGCUUCCGUCUGCCCAGCGAAUCAGAUAAUAUCAAAGAUUGAAGAGGCUGCGCGACCUCUCGGGUUUGAUGUUCGCAAACAAGACUACAAGAUGAAGCUGCUUGGAUCGAAGUCUGGAAGGAAGGGGCAGCUCUCAGUAGCGACGGAGGUGUUUGAAGUGGCACCCUCGCUUUUCAUGGUUGAGAUGAGGAAAGCGGGAGGAGACACACUAGAAUACACAGCGUUCCACAAGGAUUUGUACGUCGGGUUGGAAGAUAUUGUUUGGAAGAACGAGCUGGAAGUGGAAAGAGGAGAAAGAUAAAACUAGGACGCGAACGGUCACGAUUUCCCAUCCUAUAUUCAACGAGGAAGAAAAACAAUCACUCACCUGGAAGAUCGAGAGCUGGCGGCGCGCCAUCUCUUCCCCGAGCACACCGAAAGAGAAGAGAAUCGUCGCUUUGACAUUGUUUCGAUUCAUACAAGACCGAAAUUUAAGUGUAAAUUUUAAAUGUGUGAAUAUUUAACCUAAAUAAUAAUAAUUUAAAACUUAUA